UUCAUGCUAAUGUGUAUGUGUGUGUGUGCGUGUACAUAGUUGACAAUUUUAAUUUUAAAACUGGAAAUGAAUCAUUCCAGCGAUGAGAAUUCAUUUAAAUCAUUGCCAUCAUCGAAUGAUUCACAACAACAACAACAACAACAACAACAAGAACAACAACAACAACAACAACAAUCAACAACAGGUUUCGAUGGUGUCGUUCGACAAGAUCGUCAACGUCGUAAACAAAAUUUUGGACCAAAUACUAAACAAAUUCGAAAACCAAAUAAUAUUCUAAUCGAUAUAUAUGGUGUAAUUGCACCAUGGACAUUUGUAAAUCAAUUAAAAACACAUGCAAAAGAAAAUAUCGAUGAUUAUGUAAGAGAAAAUUGGAAUAGUAAAUUAAUGCGAACAAUUGCCAGUAGAAUGUGGGAACAAUUCAAGAUUGAUCGUAAAGCUGGUAUAAAAGUACCAGAUAUUCAGGAACCAAAUGAUGGUAAUAAACAAGAUGAUAGAAAUGUAAUUGAUUCGGCUAUUUGUUGUAUACGAUGGAUGUUAGAAACAAAAUAUCCAACAUUGAAAACACAAAUGGAAAAACUUUGUACUGAUCUAUGGUCACAUUCGUUUGAAACGGGUAAAUUAAAAGCGGAUGUUUAUCCAGACAUAAUGGAUGCAUUCCAUUAUUGGCGUUUCGAAGAAUUUAUCAAGAUUUAUUCAUAUGCUUCUGGACCGGUAGAAGGACAGCGACAAUUUUUACGUUCAACAUCGGUCGGUGAUUUAAAUCGUUACAUUGCAAAUGGAUUGAAUUCAAGUGGUGGUUAUAAAUUUGAUCCAAAUAAAUACCGUAGUCUAUGUGCAGCAUUACGAGAACCGAAACCGGAUAAUCUAUUAUACAUUACUGAUGAUCCACGUAAAGCACGUGCAGCUGAAACAGUAGGAAUUAGAACAAUUGUGGUGAAUAGAACCGGUUCAGAUACAGGUAAAUAUGAUCCAAAAGAAACACAAGCUUUAACCGUCGUAAAUACAUUGGCUGAUAUUGAAUUUAUCAACGAUCCAAAUGCAUCCAUACAAUGUUGUUGAUAUUGAUAAACAGAAAUCCAAACAAGCAGCUUUUUUUUGCUAUAUGACAACAAUAAUUAUUAAUGAAAUUUCAAAAAAAACUA